AUGGUGCAGCGCGGGACGCGGGGCCGGGGCGCGGAGGCUCGACGGGAGCCCUGCACCCCGUUGCCAGCCCGCGACGCCGAACCGGGCUGGUGCAAGACGCCGAGCGGGCACAUCAAACGGCCCAUGAACGCCUUCAUGGUGUGGUCGCAGCACGAGCGCCGCAAGAUCAUGGACCAGUGGCCCGACAUGCACAACGCCGAGAUCUCCAAGCGCCUGGGCCGCCGCUGGCAGCUCCUGCACGACUCCGAGAAGAUCCCCUUUGUGAAGGAGGCCGAGCGCCUGCGCCUCAAGCACAUGGCCGACUACCCCGACUACAAGUACCGUCCUCGGAAAAAGGGCAAAGUGGGCGCCGGCACGUCCCGCCCGCGCCUCCCGGUGAAGAUCAAGCCGUCGGUGCUGGGCCGCGUCUCCGCCGGCCGCCGGCAGCCCGCCAAGCCGCCCGCCGCCCCGCAGGAGCCCACCACGCCGGAGCCGGCCGCCGCCGACCGGCACACGGCACCCGGCACGGCCACCCGGCACGUGGCACCCGCCGGGGAGUGCGACCCCCAGGAGCCCCCAGCGCCCCCCAGCCCCGCUGCCACCUGCCCCGAGCCGGGAAGGUCCCCGGAGAGCGGGUCCCCCUCGCCCAUGUCGGCCGGGUCCCCUCCCUCCUCCUUCAGCUCCUCCGACGAGGAGCUGGAGGAAGAGCUGCUGGGGGUCCUGCCCGCGAGGGCACCCACCGGUGCCGCGGGAGCUGCCCUGGACUGGUCCAUCUUCGAGAAGGACCACGACCCCUUCCCGCGGGGAGGCUCCUCGCACUUUGAGUUCCCGGACUAUUGCACGCCGGAGGUGACGGAGAUGAUAGCGGGGGACUGGCUCAUGUCCAGCAUCUCGGACUUGGUCUUUACCUACUGAGUCCCGCGCUCUGCAGGUAACGCUCCUCUUUUGUUUCGUUUGUUUUUUCCUUCCCCACAAUCAGGUCGUAUCAAAAAAAGAACCGAAACCAGCUGUUUACAUGCAGGAAUCAGGAAUUUUGCCUUGAAGCCGCUGGAAGGCAGAGCUCCCUGCUCACUCCCCCAGCACACACCCACUCCUUGUCCGUCCCUCUGCCCGGCUCCUGCCUGGUGCCCCCGGGACGCGUGGGCGGCCGCUGCCGUCCUUUGCCCGGAGCUUCUGAUGGGCUUCUCAUUGUCAGCAUCCGGCCCAUUACCCGGCACGGCUGUCUCUGGCCACUCCCGGCCUCACCAGGCACUGCCCCGAGCUCCCUCCUGCCCUCUCGGCAGCGGCAGCCACCGUGCCAGCCCCAGCUCCUGGUGCCCAUCCCACCCCCUCUCUGGUUUUGGGGAACAGCCGAUUCCUUUUGCUUUUUGACUGCAUUUAAGGCACGGCUUCAAUUUUCUCCCCUUCCUUGUCGCCGCCCUCGGGGAGGGAUGUGGAGCCAUGCAGAGCCCGCCCUGCCCGACGCCCUGUGCCGUGAGGGUCUUUGGGGGUUCGGCAUCCCCAGGUCUGGCUUUUCCCUCGCCACGCGCCCUCCCCAGCAGCCGCUUUGGGCAGAGCCACGUUGCACACACGUGAUCCGCACGUGGACGGGGGAGCUUGUGUUGUUCCUCUCGCCAGGCGCUUGUGCACAGGCGGCUGCGCCUGGGAGCCACCUCCAACCCCAGCAAGGACGAGCCCUUUCCCAAGCAGCCAGCUCCUGUUUCAGCCUGGGAGCUGGUGCCCUGUGUAGGAUCUGCUCUGGGCUGGCUCACCUUGGCUGGGGGAGCCGGGUGCCAGGCCCCAGGGAGCAGGCAGGGCAGGUGGGCUGCAGGAAAGCUGCCUUAAGUAACCUCCCCCCUGGGGCUGGAGCAGUGGCAGCCGAUGCCCGUGGGGUGUGGGUGAUGCUCUGGCACGCAGCACCACACCACGUCCUACUGCUGCCUGUGCCAAGGGCAGGGGCACCAGGCAGAGCCCUGCCAAGGAGCUUCCCGGCAGGGAAAGUCCAGUGGCAGCAGCUCCUCUGUCUGGGCUUUUCUUUGCUUUUCCUCAUGGCUCCUUCCUGCAGGGAGCUGCCUCCUCCCGCUGCUGCCAGCACGUGGCUGCUGCAGGCCGUGC